AUGCUUGGAGGCACGCUUGACGACUACUGGAUGUCCGUAUCGACGAUGCAACUGCACUGGACUGUGCUUGGAUUACUACCUGUGCUUUUGAUAGCCAUCUUGGGACCCAGGGUGCGACAGAUAUGGAUGAACUACGUCUACUUCACGAAGAUACCUUCUCCACAUAAGAAUGAUUACUUCUGCUUCGCUACGAAGACAACAAGAGCCGAGUUCCUCGAUGAGUGCGCCCGACUAUUGCACAAAGGCUUCGCCAGCGCAGACAUAAUUCGACUUCAUGCAAGUUGGGAUCACAUUGUCGUACUUUCCCCCUCUUAUGCGGAGCGGUUUCGCGCAGAUGAAACUUUCUCUCCGGAUACAUUUUCUGACAAAGAAAUGUUUGGUGCAGUUCCUGGCUUUGAACCGUACAGAUUUCUUUGCACACACCGUGAUUUGAUCCGUAAUGUAAUAAGUAUGCGUCUCAAUCGAUGCUUCGUUCCCGCUACGAGAUACCUCUCUGAGGCAAUUGAUGAUGCUCUAAGAAAACAAAUGGGGAGCGAUUCAGAGUGGCACGAAAUCCCUCUAGGGGAAGCUGUUCUGAAAGUUCUGACCCAGUCAUCUUUCCGUGCGCUCCAAGGACAAGAGCUUUGCUACGACGACGAAUGGCUCGAAAUUGCGACGCAAUAUAUCGUGACUAGUAUCACUGGUGUCACUGCACUUCGCAAGCUACCUAAACUUCUGAUCCCUGUGAUCCAUUGGUUUCAUCCAGACGCCAUCAAGUCCCGACAGUUAUUAAGCCGUGCCCGAGCGAAACUCUUGCCUGUCUACGAGAGGCGCAAGAAGGAGCUUUCCGAAGCCAACAAAAAUGGCACUUAUCGUCCUGAAGACGCAGAUGCCUUCGGAUGGUACGAAGAGCUAGCCGAUGGGCGGGACUAUGAUCCAGUGGUUGCGCAGCUUACAGUUGCCGUUGCUGCAACUCACUCAACAACUGACUUCAUGUGUCAAUUCCUCUCGGAUAUGGUUAGAUAUCCUGAGUACAUCAAGCCAUUACGAGAUGAGCUCAUCCUUGCGUUGAAGGAGAAGGGCUGGAAAGCCUCCACAAUCCUGCAGCUACCCCUUCUCGACAGUGUUAUGAAAGAAUCUCAACGCGUGAAACCUGUGGCUUUAGGUUUCAUGAGAAGUGUCGCUCAGCAUGAUGUCUGCUUGAAAGAUGCUGUAAAGAUUCCCAAGAAUGCAUCUGUCAUCGUUUCUGCUCAUUCGAUGCGGGAUCCUACAGUUUAUGAGAACCCAGACACUUUUGACGGCUAUCGCUUCGUCAAUCCGACCAAACAUCCCGAAUCUCGACAUUUCACCAGUGUCAGCGUCAAUCACAUGGGCUUUGGGUUUGGCAAGCACGCAUGUCCGGGCCGGUUUUUCGUGAAUCUCGAAACCAAGAUCCUCAUCGCGCACAUGCUGCUCAAGUAUGACUGGAAAUUUGCCACUGAUGGCUGUCCUACAAUCCGAACUAGUGGCUUCGAUCAGGUUGUUGAUCCUUCGUCGAAAAUGCUGGUACGGCGACGGAAGGAGGAAAUUCGAAUUGAGGCACUGUAUGAGUAG